AUGGAUCAAGUAGAGGUAGAUAUAGACGACAAGGCCGACGCUGUCGGCUACAACGACGAGGUAAUGCUGGAAGGUGACCCUCAAGGCCACCCAGCAGAGAGUAGCGUCGCAAUGGAUGAAGUUACAGAUGCUAAGGAUGUUGAAAAGGCGGUAAAGGAAGAAAAUGACGAUGAAAUGAUCGAAAACUCCAGGAAAAGAAGGGCCGGGAAGAGCUACCAGCCAAAUUUCAAGAUACCAAAGCAUCGCGACUUCAAUAGGCUCAGAGAAAACCGUGACAGGUACGCCCCUGGACCGUACACCAGGCCAAGCUACUACGGAGGUCGGAAUCAGGAUAUGCCCAGGUUCAGAGGCACUGAUUUUGAUGAAAUGAAAAGCGCCGAAAAGAAAAUCAUCACCUUGUUGGAUUCCUUUUCAACUGCCAAGGAGGACAUCAUACAGUUGGCUGAAGUACUCUCUCAACUCCCCGCUAGCCAAAACAAGUCGGUGAUCUCAGCGCUUAUGGAUUGCGUCGAGUCAUUUCCAAUCAAGACUGCCGCAUACGCAAGCGUCGUUGGAUUGCUCAGGAUAAAGGGUAGAAGUGACCUUGUAGAAGCAGUCACUCAACAGGCAAUCUACAACUUUAGUCACAAUCUAUCGUCUGGAAACCGUACAAAUUGCAUUUUGCUCCUGAGGUUUUUAAUUGGCCUUCACUGCUCAAAUGUUGUGGGCAGUCAUGUUUUUGAUGUACUAUCAGCUCUACUAAAAUUUGGAGAAGAGCUGGUAUCCCAGGAGUAUGAAACUGGCAAAGAAUACACCAAGUUCACCAUUACAAUGGAUAAUAUUUUCUACAUUGUCAUGGCAAGUAUUCCGUGGUUUAGUAGAGAUGUUUUUGCUUCAAGCACCGACUCCAUAAAGCUUAUAUGUAACAAGCUCUUUGAGUAUUGCGACAGGAGGAAUGCUAUUGUGGCAACCCUGGAAAGUGAUGGAAAGUGGGAGACUGGCAUAGACUUGGCUGUGACUACAAAGUCUAAUCCAUAUGCCCAUAAAUUUUGCUCCACUGAUUUACUGGAGAAUACGUAUGCUGAUCGUUUCUCUACCGGGGUUGAAGGAAUAAAAUCGCUUCUAGAGAAUGACUGGGUUUCGAGCACAACUUAUCGUUUUUACCAGAGCAAGGGAAUCGUGGAGCUCUUGAGUUCUCCAGUGGAAGAGAGUGCUGAAGAAAACAAGGUUACUAUCGAUACCCUCAACAUCUUACUGCAAUUGGACCCAAAAACCUUGAAGAUGUUCAGACCAAUACCAUCCAAACCAUUUCCCUUUUCAGUUGACUUGGAUCCCUCCGAGUGUCUAACAAAACAUGAUCAAUGGUUGCUGGAGGAACACGCUUCGAACAUUAUCCAGAUAUUCCAUGACGACUCAUCUCAGUGUGCGACCCAAUUGUUUAACAUUCCAUUGAACCAAAGAUAUAAGGAGUAUGCAAUUGUGGACAUGUUAAUCAAUAUGGGUUUACCUAGCAGGUACAAGCAUUAUUAUUCGCUCUUUGGGGUAAUGGUUGUUCAUAAUCUCUGUGGGAUGGAGGAGAGAAUUGAGGGAAUAUUCACAAACUUCUUUUCACAAUUACUUGCUGGGAUAAACUCUGUGAAUUUGGCAGUUGUAAAUACCAUUAUUAUAAUCGCAUCAUACUGGUUUAGUUUGGAAUUUUGCAAAAUCCGUAAACCUGAAAACUCUGAAGUAAAACUGGACAAGGAAGUUCUAAAGGAAAAAAACAGCAAGCUCUUUAAGCUAGUUUUCAGACCUCCUGGUCCCUGUGUGCAUAAUUACAAUGCCAGAGUUUUGGACAAGGUAUCACGACUUGUAUAUAUGGACAGGUUGGUUACCUACUCACCAAAGGAACUACAGGCUGAGAUUGAAUUGUCAAUCGCACCUCCAAUAGAUACCACUUUCAAGGACAAACCAUUAGAACACAAGGUCUUUUUGAACUUGCUUCACUUUAACAAACUCAACCCUGAAGAAAAUGAGUUGAGAAAUGGAAGGAUCAUUGGUUUUAUAAAUAACUAUACGAAUAGGACACCAUUGAAGGAACUUCCCACGCAUUUGUUUUCUGAAAAUCGCACACAUGAUGUAGAAAUGGAUGAUGCACUAGAGCCAGCUGCACCUGCAUCCAAUGAAAAACCUUGGACAAAAGAUGAGCUCGUUUUGAUCUUUUGGGAGACACUAAUUGCCUUUGGAAGUAAGUCUCUUACACAUUUGUUGAGACUCUACGAGCUCCAUGCACAAAUUUUAAAGGUGUUUGAAUCCCAAGACCAAGAUUUGCCCUUUGAGGAAACGACAUCUUGUAAAGUAAUGCUUCAUACAUUUAAUCUCCUCAAGAGAGAUGGUAAAAGACUUGAGCUAUCCUUUGAAUUCUUCAUUCGCAAGAAUGUUUUCUCCUGUAUUGACGUCCUAAAGUUUCUUUUCUUGGUUCUGCCAAACGAUGAUAUUGUUUGCAAUGCCUUCUUUUUCAUUCUUCAUACUCUCUUUACUGAUAUCAAGCACCGUUUGGAAACAUUUAGGGAGAGCUUUAAGGUUGCAUCCCGCGAUUUGGCCGGAACCGUCGCCAUGGAAGCAAAGAAGCAGGAACUUGACAGUGCGGAAUCAGACUAUUAUAAUCUUGUUGCUCUUGUAGUCAAGCUAGUGGAUGAUAAAAUGAAGCAUGCUACUCCAUGCUUGAAUUUCAUACUAAUCAAUGUCCUCAAGAGGGUCCUAUUUUGCUUUGCUCUUAGUGACACUAUAUUCCCUCGAAUCUUUUUAGAACAUCCAAAUGUACAUGACUCUAUAAAGACUCUCUUGUAUCAAUUUUCAAUCUCAAACUACUUUUAAUUUUUCCCCUUUU